UCCGGGAACCCAGCGCAAGCCCGGCCUCCCGGACACACUGACGCUCACGUAGUUCGGUGGUGGUGACCUUGCCUGCCGCCUCCUCCGAGCUCUUCGAUGCAGCCAGCGGGCUGGGGAGGGGGCUUCUCCGAGGCCCAGAAGGGUUCUAGCCUAUUCAAAUAACCCCAAUGAUGGCUGUGGACAUAGAGUAUGGAUACGGCUGCAUGGCCCCUUCCUUACACAGAGAGAGGUUCACCUUCAAGACCUCACCAAAGCCAAGCAAGCCUCUGAGGCCUUGUAUUCAGUUGAGCCGCAAGAAUGAAGCCAGUGGAAUGGUGGCCCCAACCAUCCAGGAGAAAAAGGUGAAAAAGCGGGUGUCCUUCGCAGACAACCAAGGCCUGGCCCUGACAAUGGUCAAAGUGUUCUCAGAAUUUGAUGACCCGCUAGAUAUUCCAUUUAACAUCACUGAGCUGCUAGACAACAUUGUGAGUCUGACGACAGCAGAGAGCGAGAGCUUUGUUUUGGAUUUUUCACAGCCUUCUGCAGAUUACCUAGACUUCAGAAAUCGGCUUCAGACCGACUGCGUCUGCCUUGAAAACUGUAUGCUGAAGGACAAAGCAAUUGCAGGCACCGUGAAGGUGCAGAACCUUGCCUUUGAGAAGAUGGUGAAAAUAAGAAUGACAUUUGACACUUGGAAAAGUUUCACAGACUUUCCCUGUCACUAUGUGAAGGACACUUACGCUGGUUCAGACAGGGACACGUUCUCCUUUGACAUCAGCUUACCUGAGAAAAUCCAGUCCUAUGAGCGAAUGGAGUUCGCUAUCUGCUAUGAGUGCAACGGACAGACAUACUGGGACAGCAACAAAGGCAAAAACUACAGGAUCAUCCGGGCUGAACUGAAAUCCACUCAGGGAACAGUUGAGCCACAGAACGGAGCAGAUUUGGGCAUAUCCUUUGACCAAUUUGGAAGCCCUCGCUGUUCUUACGGUCUGUUUCCGGAGUGGCCUAGUUAUUUAGGAUAUGAAAAGCUGGGACCCUACUAUUAGUGACUGCAUGUGGUGAAGCGUGACAAGUCCAUGCAGAAAAGCCUAGCUGCUGUCACAGUGGGAUGGAGACGGAAGCCGAGAGAAAAGUCGAACUGCCAUUAGGCACCAUUUUUGAAAGGAAAGGAUCCUUUUCACUUUUUUCUUCAACCAGCAAAUCCAGCCAGGUCCAGAUCACAGACCCAGCUUCACACUGGGAGAGGAUGUGGUAUGCGGGACUGUUGGGCACCCCGGCAACCAAGAGGGUCCGGGCAGGAUGGUGAUGGGAGGGGUCUGGACAACACCCAGGCCUGUGGGCAAUCCUGGCAAGGCUGGGGGGUGGUGACUGAACAGUGGGCAGCCAGAAGUGUGUGGGCUACCUCGAGGAGCCGCUCCUCUCUCCCUGGAUGGGAAAGAAGUCACCUGAAGUCACUCCAGCCCUGGCCACCUCCCACUGGACCCAGGCCAUGUGUCUCUGAGUGUCCCCCUCCUUGUCAAGCCCUCCCUGCCUGUCGCUGCUGCUGUUGCAUGUCUACACCAACUUCACCCUUUAACUCUGUGCAUUUCCUGCAUUGUGCUUUCCUCCACUGUUCAUCUGAUGUUCAGGAGAAGGACAAAAAAGCAAAUUAGCUUGUGACAGAGACAGACAUUUCCUCUUUGUGACCCCACACGUGUGUGUCAGUAGAGGACAACACAGCAGGGACAAAAGAAAGGGACCCCCCCCCCAUGAGGAGCAGGCAGGACAGUUGAGGGGAAACACAGUUGGCUUUUUCCUCUUGGCUUUUGGGGGAGCUUUCUAAGCACUCACUCUUCCCUUGAGUCACCAGCCAGCUCAGUUACAAGAUUUGUUUGAACCUGCCUGGCUGGUUUGCAGGUGUCUUGUUCUUCACAAAAGGAGCUUAGAUCUCCUUUCCUGGAGAGUCUCUGUGUCUGCUACAUUCAGGACAUUUUCACCUGCAGAUCCAGUAUCCUCAGAGCCAUCAAAAAAUGGUUUAAUUUUGACUGUGAUUUACAGUGUCCUAGACACUUUACCAGUGUCCAGGGACUUCUGUUUGGGUGUUCGUAUUUAUGGUAUUUGAGUUAUAUAAAGGGAUAGGGGAGAGAAACCUUACCAAGUUCUCAGUUUGUUUGAAAUGCUGGUCAUCUCUGAAACAUCAAAGCUUAAUUGUUCUCAACUACAUUGGACUAAAGAAUCAAGUCAUUGGUUCAUGCUAUUGGGAGACCCCUGGUACUUUCAUUGUUAGAUGGAUCCCCAAAUCCUGUGAAUUUUCUUGGGCAAGAUUAGUUUGUACUUGGGGAUGUUUAUAAAAUAUUUUUACAUGUGUAUUUGUAGAAGGGCAGGGUUUUUUUUGUUUGUUUUUUUUUUUUUUUUUUCCCUGUAUUGUUUUGUUAUUGGUGCUUGGUUAAAUGACUGUCCUAUAUUCCUUAUUUCUGACCUUACUAAGGUGGGGUUUUCCUAUGGGAGGCAAGAAGUUGAAUGCACAGCCUUCUGGAUUUGGGGGCACAACUAUCAGGCUCUGUCCACAAACAGUGUUCUUUUGUUUGUAUUUGCCAGAUCAAUUUUAAAAGCCCUCCCAGCUUCAGAAACUUUGUAAAUCAAUGUCAGGCAUGCCUGCAAUGCUUUCGGUCCUAGAAUUUUAUGGUUGGGUUUUUUUUUCCUUUUUUGAACUUUAAAAUAUUUUGAUUUUUAAAAUAUUCUUAAGUGAUAUUCAGUGUAAUUCUUGUUCCUAAAAUUAACUGUUACUAGUCUGCAAUCUAGUGCUUUACUUUCUGUGCCUCUCCCAGGUAGCUGGCACUCUGGGAUUACAUGGCUUGUAGGGAAAAUCACAUUUUUAGCCUAUGCUGAAAUUGGGCAGAAGUGUGUUGUCUCUAAGCAUACCUUCUAUUAAGCACAUAGGCAGUACUUUCCAUGUUACAAAUCAGAACUAUUAAUAGUGUUGAUCUAAAUCUAAUGGAAGUAAAAUGAAUUUUAUAUAUAGGUCAUGAGUUUAUUUUAAGAAGUUCCCUCCCUCCUCCAAUUGAGAAAAGGUACAAGGUGCACUGUCAUUUACAUGUUCCCCACACUAAAGCUAACAUGAUCAUUCUAUGUUCACAAGAAAGAUACCUAAAGUGUCUUUAGAAUAAAGCCUGUUUGAUAUUCAUAAAUAAUGACCCUAAGACAUUCCUGUGUCAAAAUUUGAAAUAUGGUAAUUCAGUGAUAAGUAUCUCUUCUAAAACAGCCAUAAACCCUCUCCCACCCCCACCCCCCUGCCUUCUUUACUCCCAGCUUUUUGCUGGGAGCACUAGUUGCCAGCCCCUAGCCAGUGCACCUGGGAAACCCACCCCACCAGGCAAGCCCUCACCUGCUUGCAAAAACCCUUCUCUGGCUCGAGAAUCUGGUGCCUCACUUCCUUGUCAGCAGCCUUGCCAUUUAGUGACAGUAGCAGUAGCUGAAAAAUACUGCGUUGUCUUUACAUCUUGCUCUCUUUGGUCCAGUUCUAUCCCAGGGUAUCAUCAAGUGGCCUUGGAAACCUCUCCUUAUUUCCUAGCUCGCCAGCACUAGGCAGUGUGUGUCACGCUCUUCAGAGGACACCUGGUUUCUCACUGGAGACUUCCUGCAGUCUCACGUGUAGGUUUGACUCCCCGACAACUCUUGGUUAUGAAGACAAAUGAACCCUAGUCCUGGUGUGUUCCCCAUGUCCCUGGAAGGCCCAGGCUCCUGCUGCUGGUGUGAGUUGUCCAGGAAUGGGGAAGCUGCUCCGUUUUUGUUUCAUAAUUAUUCCCCCAAAGGUCCUGGGAAGCCUGUGCAAAUUAGGUGCAAUAAAUAAGCGGAACUUUCUAAAGAUGUAUCAUAAAUAACCUCUCAAUGUUUCUUGGAAGGUAGGAAGCAUUUAGUUGGAUAUCUUUUUUUUUUUUGUAAGUAUUGGUGUUAUAGGGGAGUUGGUGAGAAAUAAUGGAGUUACGUAGUUCUCUAGAAAUUCAACCAAUUUCAGUGUCCCAAGUAGAAUUCAUUUUAUCUCUAAAAUUUCAUUUUAAUGGUGGCAAAGCAUUACUCUUUCAAAGUAUUUUUUUAAAGAUGUCAAUUUUGAACUGCUAAAAGAAUGUUUUGUGGUUUCAAUUUUUGCAUUUAAUUUGCUUUUUAACAACAGGCAUGACCUGUCAUCACGUGGAUAUUAAAUAAUAGGUUAUAUAUACAUACGUACGUGUUUAAAGCUCGUUUUAUCAGAGGUGCCCAUUUUCUGGGUCUUCCCUCUCAAUAUGCAAACCGUGGUGAAUGUCUCUGGUUUCGCUUUUGAGAUGUCUCAACUGAGUGUGGAUUACAGGAGUAGCCUCGUGGCUUUUGGCCCUCCUGAUGGGAUCACUACAAUUGGGGAUAAGAAGUUACAUGGAUAAUGGGAUCUUACAGAUCAUCUAAAGACAGUGUUGGCAGUUUCUCUUCAUUUCUUGCAGUGGAACACAUCUGCGGUGGAGAAGGAGAGCUGUGGUUUCGGGCAGCUUUCCUGUGUGGUGACUAUAAAGCAUUCAGCCCAAGUGGUAAAGCUGUGAACAUUUGUACAGUGCUAUUUAUCAGUUCCUAGAGAUUGCUGGAUCUGUAAGGACUCCAAGAAUGCAGCUGUGACGAUGUGGUUUCACUUUUACAUCAGUAAUGUCGAACUGAAGACUCAUCUUCAUUCAAUGCCUAAAAGUGCCUUGUCAAAAGAUUUCUAUGUUUUGAAAAUAAAUAUUUUUGUACACAUAGCGAAAGGGGAAAUGCACUUUACAAUCACAAGGUUGGAUGUAUUUUGUAUGGUGUAAGAGAGUGGUUUGUAUCUCAAACACAAAUGUAAUAAAGGUAGAAAAACAAAACUGAAACUAUCCUUUUUUCUGAAAGCAAGUU